AUGUCGUUUCUCUUAAAUGAACUCGAUGGUUGUCACUUGUGCAGCUUUUCAUCAGUAGCUGAUAUAUUCCUAGGUAGGCAUUUGGUUCCUUGUACUGAUGGCCAACAACUAAAACAAAUGAUGUCAGAUUUUAUUUCUCAUUUUUUCAUGGCACCACCACUACCACUUCCUGAACCUCAAAUGGCUUUAUACCCACUGUUUCGAUCACCAAGCAAUUCAGUUACACCAACAACUUCUUCACCUCCAUCCCCAUCUCGCCCAGGAUUCUCCCUUCAAAAUCCUAAUUCUGCAAACACAAAAAAAUCCAAACCCAAUAAAUUACUUCGUCGGUUUCGUUCAGUCUUUCGUUCACUGCCCAUUAUAGCACCCGUACCUUGCAAAAUGCCGACUAUGAGUGUCGGAAGCAGUACCGAUAACAACCACAUGCACGGAGGAAUCCGAAUGACGGGUACGUUGUUUGGUUUCCGGCGGUCUCGUAUUAGCCUUGCUAUUCAACAAAAUCCUAAAUGUCUUCCGAUGCUUGUUCUUGAAUUAGCAAUACCAACAGCUAAGUUAUUACAAGAGAUGGGUUCAGGGUUAGUAAGAAUAGCAUUGGAAUGUGAUAAAAAGCAUCCAAGUGAGAAAGUUAAGCUGCUCGAUGAACCACUUUGGACAAUGUUUUGUAACGGGAAGAAAUUGGGGUAUGGUGUGAAGAGAGACCCAAGUCAAGAUGAUUUGAAUGUCAUGCAAUUACUCCAUGCUGUUUCAAUGGGUGCUGGUGUUCUUCCUACCGAAAGAUCAGAAAAUGAAAAUAUGACUGAGGGUGAAAUGACUUAUAUGAGAGCGCAUUUUGAACGUGUUACUGGAUCCAAAGAUUCAGAGACUUUUUAUAUGAUGAACCCUGAUGGUAAUAGUGGACCUGAAUUAAGCAUAUUUCUUGUCAGAAUUUAA